CAGAAAGGUCGACAUCCUCCACCACCCGAUAACCGCCCAAGUCGCCGGCCCAGCAAUGGCUCCCUCACAGAGUCUCCAGGUGCAUCUGUCCCCAGCGGAGCUCUCGUACCUGCGCUCGACGCUGUCGCAGACGCCGCCCAUCCGCCUCGACCACUCCAAAGGCCCCAGGGACUUCCGGUCGAUGCGCGCCGAAUAUGACGUCCUGCCCACCGCAAACGGCAGCGCGAGAAUCGCCCUCGAAGACGGGCUCGAGGCUCUGGUCGGCGUCAAGGCCGAGGUCGAGAAGUCGCAAUGCCAUUCCCCACUCGGGCGUCGGGAAAGCCCGCCCACGAUUUCCCCCGGCGAUGUGAGCAUGCUCGACGGCGACGACGAGGAUGAUGCCGGUGCCGGCGGCCAGAAUGCGUGGGUAGAGCUGAGCAUUGAGGUCCCAGGCUUCCGCGACGACGACCCCCUGCCUGUAUUUCUGGGCUCAAUGCUACAUGAGACGCUGGUUGCAGAUGGACAGCUCACGCACAGCCUCUAUAUCAACCGGCGCUUCCACUGGAAGCUGUACAUUGAUAUACUUCUCCUCUCUCCUCCGCUGUCCUACCCCCUUGCCCUUCUGUCCAUGACAACGCAUCUCGCCCUCCUCACCACCCGACUCCCAGCGCUGAAGUCCGAGAAGGAUGAAGACCCGCUGUUCGAUGACGAUUGGGCAGCCGCGAUCCCUCUCUAUCCAAAUUGUAAACAAAGUGGCAGCAAUGUCGUCAACAAGCCGCCGGUCAUCGUUGUGGCCAUGGCCGUAGGAGAGAACAUCGUCUUCGACCCCUGCAAAGAGGAGCUGGCGGUUGCAGAUACUGUGCUUGCUCUCGCGUGCACCGCCUCUCCUUCAUCGUCCACCGGUGCUCGAAUCGUUGGAAUGCGAACCAUCGACCCUCCCUCUCACCUCACCCCGCCUGGCAUUCCCAAUUCGAUGAACUCAGCCACUGGAGGCACCGCCCCAACAUCAAGCACCAGUGCUCUGACACAGCGGGAGUUGCUCGCCAAUUCGGGUGUGUGGAUACCGCCAAGAGGCGGAAUGAAGAGGACCUUGCUUGCCCAAGUCUCGAAAAUGGUCUCUGAAAAGGGGGGAAUCGGUGAGGAGGUCAUCAACGCCCUAGAGGGAAUAGAAGUUGGGUGAAAAGAAACAGUACGGCUCAAAUCCUUCUUGAUAUGACCGUUCCCUUGGACAGAGUGGAUCGCGAGUCCCCCGAUCUAGGGUGUGACCGCAAGUUAUUUUGAUCUUGGCUCUUCGCCGAUGGGCGGUGCAGCGAACCUUCUUAGGCUCCUCCCUUGGAUAAAGGAGCCAAGAAGUAUAUUGGCAGGUUCAUUGCGACGCCGCAAAGGAGCGAUUCACGAUUUGCAGAGUGUGUACCAUGUUUUGAAGCAGAAAUAUGCCACAGCCUCUUUGAUGCCUCGACAACCACUUGCUCCGAGCUCGGAUAGUCUCAGUAUCUGGCAGCCUUGUCCUAGUGGUCGCAUCUGCUCUCUUGUGGCCAAACCGUAAGCUAAUAUUGUGCAGGGCAAACACAAUGACAUAACCCAAUUUAUCUUUCCAAUACCCACAUAAAGUAUAUUUCAAACUACCUACUCCAAGAUAGCCGC